AUGGGAAAGGAAGGUCCUUGCUGCCAUUGCGGCGUCACGAGCACCCCACUUUGGCGAAAUGGGCCAACACAUAAGCCAGUGCUCUGCAAUGCAUGUGGCUCGAGAUGGAGAACAAAGGGUUCAUUGGAGAAUUACACACCAAUGCAUUCUCGUGAUGAUAUCGAUGCUGAUCAACCUAGAGUUAGCAAGCUGAAGCCGCCGACAUUGAGGCUAAAGGAACAGAGGCAGCUAAAGAAAAGGCCAAGCCACAGCAUAAGGGAGAAUGGAGCAUUUUCUGAUCAAAACUUCUGGAAGAUGGGGGAUGCCGACCCAAGUCGAUCUAGUUCUGGAUCGGCACUAUCAUAUUCAGAGAGUUGUGCCCCAUAUGGUUCUGCUGAUGCUAGUGAAAUGACUGGUUCAGCGCAAUCGCAUGCUUGGGAGUCAUUGGUACCAUCAAAAAAGAGAAGCUGUGUCACUCGGACCAAGUCUUCAUCCGUGGAUAUGCUUGUCAAAGAUCUUCAUUGUAUAAUGCACGAAGAGCAGUUAUCUUACCUUUCUGGAUCCUCAGAGGAAGAUCUAAUUUACCACAGUGCAACUCCUGUGGAUUCCUUUGAGAUUGGUUAUGGAAGUAUGCUGCUGAGAAGUUCAAACUCAAAAUCAGCGGAGGAAGAUUCAGAAGCAAACUCUGUUCCUGCAGAUAAUAAAUCAUACCUUACAAGUGAAUCCUAUUCAGGGACUGCCUCGUUUGUUGUGCAUAGUGAAAGCAAGGGGGCAAGUAAUUCAAAUGCUUCUCCUGAGAAGCCAAAGUGGUUUCCGGUGCAUACACACGAAAUUGCUAAAAGGGGUAAACUUCAUUACUCAAAGCAGCAUACCCUGGAAAAUGUAGGUUCAACUUUAGUUUCAGUAGCUUUAGAGGGAGAAGGCACUAAGGAAACAGGAGGAAAUGAAAAUACCAGUGCUUUGAAAGACCUUACCAAAUCCACCAUGAAGCCUCUCAAAAGGCCUCAUGAAAGCCAGUUGCAAAGCUGCCCAGAAGGAACCAUGAGGAUUGCCAAAAAAGUUUGCAAAUCUGUGGCUAUGGCUCCUCAGUUCAAAGGUUCAUUUUUGCCCAAAUCUGGAGGAGCACCAUUUAACUUACUCAUGUUACCCCCAGAUAAAAUAUCCAUGCUGGCCCCUCCGCAGUACAUGGAUAAUUCUGAUCAAGACUUGCUGCUGGAGGUUCCUCUCAAUGCGCGGCAACCAGAGGCAGAACUUCUUUGCCAACCAUUUCAACUUAGCUCAGUAACCCGCAGCUCCACCUCAGCAGACGUGGUUGCUGAUGGCGAGGGGCGCCUCAAGCAACCAUAG